CAGAAUGAACAUGGAGAAACAUAAUUCAUCUUUGGUGGUAGAAUUACUUUACCCAGACUUGGUCAUCAAUGUAGGAGAAGUGACUCUUGGUGAAGGAAACAGAAAUAAGCUGCAGAAAAGUCAGAGAGAGCAAGAGAAGGUGAAAGUUAUACAGGCUGCAUGUGCUUUAUUGAACUCAGGAGGAGGAGUGAUUCGGCUGGAAAUGGCAAACAAGGAUGAGCGUCCCAUGGAGAUGGGACUGGAUUUAGAACAGUCUCUGAGGGCGCUUAUUCAAUCUUCAGAUUUGCAGACUUUCUUCGAGACUAAGCAACAAAGGAGGUGUUUUUACAUUUUCGUUAAAUCUUGGAGCAGUGACCUUUUCCCUGAAGACAGUUCCGUUAGGCCUCGCAUUUGCAGCCUGGAGACUUCAUUAUACUGCAGAUCUGGCACCUCAGUGCUUCUCAUGGACUCAAGAGAGGCAUUCAGUUUCCUGAAAACCAAGAAAAGAGAUGCAAAAAUCUUGGGGAAAGAACCUUCUGGUAAAGUUCUCAAGGUUAGACAUCAAAACUCCUACAACUCGAAUCCUGCUGACCCAAUUUUCCAAAAAGACCAGCUUGAAUAUGGUGAAAUCCUGCCUUUUCCUGAGUCUCAAUUCAUAGAGUUUAAACAGUUCUCUACAAAACACAUUCAACAACGUGUAAAAGACAUAAUUUCAGUGUAUAUCCCUGCAUUUGCGAACACUGGGGGAGGCUAUCUUUUUAUUGGAGUGGAUGAUAAGAGUAAGAAAGUUCUGGGAUGUGCUAAAGAAAAUGUUGACCGUGACUCUUUGACAGAGAAAAUUGAAAAAGCAAUAUACGAGUUACCUUGUGUCCACUUUUGCCAAUCCCAAUGCCAGGUAAAUUUCAAAGUCAGAAUCUUGGAUGUGCUAGCCAGGGGAGAGCUAUAUGGCUAUGCUUGUGUGAUCAGAGUGAAGCCAUUCUGUUGUGCAGUGUUCUCAGAAACUCCCAGUUCAUGGAUGGUGAAGGGUAAGAACGUCUGCAGCCUGACAACUAAGGAAUGGGUAGACAUGAUGAUGGACUCGGAUCCAGAUCUUCAAUGGUUGUGCAAAGACUUUGAAUCUCAGCUGAGCCUGUCUAGUGGGCCUCCCCUUAGCAGACCAGUGUAUGCCAAGAAAGGCCUGGAACAUAAGAAGGAUCUCCAGCAACUCUUAUUUCCAGUCCCCCCAGGACAUCUGCAAUACACUCCUGAAUCCCUCUGGAAGGAGCUGUCCGCACAGCAUGAAGGUCUGGAGGAAUUAAUAGAGAAGCAAAUGCGUCCUUUCUCCCAGGGAAUUUUGAUCCUCUCUGGAAGCUGGGCUGUGGACCUGAACUUGCAAGAGAAGCAGGGAGUCAUCUGCGAUGCUCUACUGAUAGCACAGAACAGCACCCCCAUUCUCUGCACCAUUCUCAGGGAGAAGGAUGCAGAUGGGCAGUGCUACUGCACCCGCACCGCCUUCACUGUGAAGCAGAAGCUGGUGAACAUGGGCGGCUACACUGGGAAGCUGUGUGUCAGGACCAAGGUCCUCCACCUGAGUCCUGAGAGCCAUGCGGAGUCCUUGGCGGGUUCCGGCUCCUCCAUCGAUUACCCCGGGUCCUAUAACCUUGCAGACACCCAGCAAAUGGAAGCCUUGCUGCAGUCCCUUGUGAUUGUGCUGCUCAGCUUCAGAUCUUUCUUGAGUGACCAGCUUGGCUGUGAGGUUUUAAAUCUGCUCACAGCCCAACAGUAUGAGAUAUUCUCAAAAAACCUCCGCAAGAACAGAGAAUUGUUUAUCCAUGGCUUACCUGGCUCAGGGAAGACCAUCAUGGCCAUGAAGAUCACGGAGAAGAUCAGGAAUACGUUUCACUGUGAAGCAGAUAAAAUUCUCUACAUUUGUGAGAACCAGCCUCUGAGGAACUUUAUCAGUAAUAAAAAUAUCUGCCAGGCAGUGACCCGGAAAACUUUCAUGAAGCAUAACUUGGAAAAGAUUCAACACAUCAUCAUCGAAGAAGCUCAGAAUUUCCGCACUGAAGAUGGGGAGUGGUAUGAGAAGGCAAAAACCAUCACUCAGAGACAAAAGAAUAGCCCAGGAAUUCUCUGGAUCUUUCUGGACUACUUUCAGACCAGCCAUGUGGUGCACAGCGGCCUUCCUCCUUUCUCAGCCCAGCUUUCAAAAGAAGAGCUCACCAGAGUGGUCCGCAAUGCAGAUCCAAUAGCCAACUAUGUACAAGAAGUAAUGCAGGUAAUCAUAAAGAAUCCUCCACUUAACAUCCCCCAUGAGUCUCUGGAGAUACUUCUUGAAGCUGAAUGGGCUCAGGGUGUUCAGGGAACCUUAAAAAUUAAGAAAAACUUGACUCUGGAGCAAACAGUGACCUAUGUGGCAGAAACUUGCAACCGUCUCUUUGAAAGGGGCUAUUCUCCCAAGGAUGUUGCUGUGCUUGUCAGCACCACGGAAUACGUGGAGCGUUAUAAGCAUGAGCUCCUGAGAGCACUGAGGAAGAAAAGAGUGCAGCUCAGCGAUGCGUGUGACAUGUUGGGUGAUCACAUGGUGUUGGACAGUGUCCGGCGAUUCUCAGGCCUGGAAAGGAAUAUCGUGUUUGGGAUCCAUCCACGGACACCUGAGUCAGCUAUCUUACGCAACAUUCUUGUCUGUCUGGCUUCCAGGGCAAAACAACGGCUAUAUAUUCUGUGGCAUGGUGACUGUUAGGAAGAAUCCCAAACCAAAACGAGAUGAGGCAAUUGCUGUGUAAAUGUCCAUGGGUGAACAUCUGCUUGGUGUGGGCAGAAACUUUCUUUUUGGUUCACAGAUCCGCUGGAGAUUUGGGCAGAAUUGACACACAGAAUUUGGAACUUCCCCUCUCUGGCUCUCUCCUUUCCCAAUUCCUUCCUGGACUCCUUCCAGCCGCUAUUGUUACUCCAAAUUCUGAUCCCUGAUUCUUCCAGCCAGAAUGGUGACGGUUUUCUAUAGGAGCUUUAGCCACCCUGCACAGCACAGACUGUGACCUACCUCUGGUUAAAAGCCAUAAAAACAAGAAACUUGUCCUGUGGCCCUCCUUUCUUCCAAGUCUUAUCUCUCCUCAGUGACUUCAUGCAUUUUUUUGUUUUCUAACAUUUGUCUAGAGAUUAUGGUUAUCUGCAGAAGGGUAGUCUGGUAGGAACUAACUUGGUCUUACCCGUAGCAAGACUUGUUUUCUGAAUUCUUGACAUUUUCCUUUGCUAGGUUGAUUCAGGACUUGGGAGAUUCCCAAGAUAAUUCAGUCACUGACAGAGCAGGUCUUAAUCAUUUUGUCAGGACAGAGAGCACUCGUGUGAUUAUUUAAUCAUUUAAAAUUGCAGUGUCCGAUU